AUGGAUAAUUUGCAAACCAUUCGAUUCAGCGGGAAUACUUUAGGUGUCGAAGCAAGUCAAACUUUAGCUGCGGCACUGAAGAAUAAGACCAAGUUGAAGACGGCUAUCUUAUCUGACAUCUUCACUGGACGCUUACUGUCGGAAAUUCCUUUGGCAUUGAAAGCUCUGUGUGAUGCCUUUGAACAAAUCGAAUUAACCGAACUCGACUUGUCAGAUAACGCAUUUGGUCCUGCCGGCGCUGAACCCUUGAUCGAUUUCUUGUCCAACUCAAAGUCCUUGCAAACUCUUCGACUUAACAACAAUGGUCUCGGCAUCGGUGGCGGCACCAUGAUUGCUAAAGCUUUACAGGCUUCGGCUGAUAAGGCUCGUGCUGAAAACCGUCUUUCUUCUCUUCGUACAAUCAUCUGUGGUCGCAACCGCUUGGAAGAUGGUAGCAGCAAAGCCUUGGCAACCGCUUUUGCGUCACAUGGUACCUUGGAAGUCGUUCGUAUGCCUCAGAACGGUAUUCGUCCGGAUGGCAUUAAAACCAUCGUCGGCGGUUUGGCAGAGUGCAAGGGCUUGCGUCACAUCGAUUUGCAGGAUAAUACCUUCACCGCCAAAGGUAGCAAGGCCUUGGCCGGUGCGUUAGUCAACUGGCCUAAGUUGGAAGUGCUCAAUGUCGGGGAUUGUCUUUUGUCGAAGCGCGGUGGUUUGGCAUUGGCGGAAGCUUUGCAACAGGGUCACAACAAGAAUUUGACGCAUUUGCAUCUCCAGUAUAACGAGAUCCAGGCAGACGCAGUAGAGGCACUCGCUUCGGCUGUCAAGAGUCAUUUGAAGGAUUUGGUGCACAUGGAUAUGAACGGCAAUCAAUUUGACGCAGAGGCAGAUGUUGUGCAGACAUUAACGGACGCGUUAGCGGCUUGGGAUCACGAAGAUGCUUUGCUUGAACUGGACGAUAUGGAAGAGCCUGACAGCGACGAAGAAGAAGAAGAGGAGGAAGAAGAAGACGAAGAGGAUGAGCUUGUUCAAGAAGCUGAAAAAGCUGAAGAAAAAGAGCCGCUAUCAAAGGGCGAUGAUAAAGCCGAGGAAGAUGAGUUGGUGAAGCAACUUAAAAACACGCAUAUCUAA